UCUCUGGGGACUUGUUAAUAAUGCUGGAAUUAUGGGGCCAACUGCUCCUACAGACUGGUUGGAUAUUGAGCAUUUUAGAGAGCCAAUUGAAGUUAAUUUAAUUGGGCUCAUAAAUGUGACGAUAAAUAUGCUUCCCUUGAUAAAACUAGCAAAGGGAAGGAUAGUAAAUGUAUCCAGUAUUGGAGGUCGCCUAGCAUUCUGUGGUGGAGGCUACUGCCCUUCAAAGUUUGGGGUAGAAGGAUUUAAUGACAGCUUAAGGUAUAACACUGUGAGAAAAAACUACUCUUUAUUUUCUAAGGCUAACAGAUGACUGAAAACCUACACAUGUAGAAUAGAAGCUGAUUUACAUGUCUGACACUUGAUAUAAAACUGAAAAGUAUUAUACAGUUUGGGAUAAGUCUUCUUGAAAGAGCCUUUUUUCAGCAUAGAUUAUGUCACUUUUGAAAUCUAAGAUACAAAUCCUGUUAGGCAUAUACUGUGUUGUCGUUGGUAUUUUUGUAUAUUUAUAUGCAACUUACCUUGUAAUUUAGUUACUCACAGGGGCCUUAUUGGAGAGGAGAUUCCACUCAAGGGAAUUGAGAUGUCUCUGCAGGAUGAACCUAAUCUCCUAUUUAUGAGUGCACCUGGAAUUUGCUAGCAGCUGCCCAUCCAGGGAAAAAAAAAAAAAACAUACGAGUUGUUGCAUGACAUUAACUUUUGUCUAAGCUUUGUUCUUUGUUCUCCCAAGUAUCUUCUCUUAAUUAUACUGAUCAUUAGAGAGACCUACAGAAUACAGCAGACCAGUUCAGGGGACUGCCAUUGCUUCUUCGUGUCAAAUUGGAAACAAUCUGUGCCUAAAUAUACAUGGCCACUUUAGAUACCAGGAGGUAUUCCAGACACAGACGCACAGCUGACAGUUAUGAGAUGUGGCCAGAAGAACCUGUACCAGUCUGGAGAAUCAGAUGGAGGUCAGGAGGGGUUCAUUAAGACAUGUAAAAUGGCUCUGGAUACUUACAUUUAGGCAGCCAAAUGGUCUUACAAGUCUGACAAAUUACGAGCUACUGGAAGGGGAACUAGGAUAUGAAAUAUAAUGUGCCAGUCACUGUCCAUACAUGUUCACACUCAGUGAAGCAGGUAGGAUAGUUCAUCCCUCUCUCAUUUAGGGAUAACAGGAUGAAAGUUCACACCUGUGCUUUCCACACAGUAUUUAUACGUUGGUAUGCCAUGUAAAGACAGAAAUAACAGUACAGAAAAAAAUCCCACUGUAUCAAUAAGGAUUUCUAAUGCAAUUAAAUUGCUGGGCUGUCUUUGCAGGAGAGAUAUGAAAGCUUUUGGAGUUAAAGUUUCCUGCAUUCAACCUGGCCUGUUCAAAACGCCGUUAACCGAUCUAGCAAAGAUUCUGAAAGAGAAGGAGGUUAUUUGGAAUCGGCUUCCCCCCGACACCAAAAAGCAAUAUGGAGAGGAGUAUUUUCAGAAAGGUGAGGUAAUUUCCAGGCAUUUUUAUCAAAAGAAGCAAUAUAUUUCUUGCUGAGAUAGCCUUCAAGGUAGCUUUAUACCUUCUAAUCACUAUGACUUUUUGAAAAGACUGCAUGUUAACAGUUACUCUUCAAAUGCAUCUGCAUCACAAUAUGGCUAUUCACACAAAAACUUGUGCAGUGAAACUUUAUUCAGAUCUCAGUUAAAGAUUAAUUAUUUGUGUUGGCAUGUAGCUUUUGAGCAAACUCCAAGGCAGAAAAACAUUCAUCUAAUGAUGUAACUAAUGUGCUCGCAGUGUUUUUCUGUCACUAUUAUUUAUUUAGUAAUCAAAUAAGGGUAACUUCCCUUUGCUUCUACUAUCCCCAGCAGUGGUGAUGCCAUGCAGAAAUUGUCUAACAGACAGUUCCUGAAGCCUACUGACACCUUCUUGAACCGGAGCUGCUUGUCUUUUGAUCUUUGGGCUUUUUGUUCCUCGAGUUUCUUUCUUAUAGUUGUAUUUCACAGCUUUCUGCAAAGCAAUUACCUUACUACAAGAGACUCACUUACAAUCACAGCAUUUCUAUUUCCAUUUGCAUCUUACACAGGUUUAUUCUGAGACACAAUCAUUGCUAGUAACUUGGGGAAUACAGACACGAUUUUGCCAUUGCUGUUUCACAGUGAAGAGUGACUAAGCUGCUCUUGGGGUAAACUGUAUCACAGGGUCAUUAUGGACAGGGUAGUUGGUCUUCAGAAAUUACUGUGAAUUCUUCUAAAUCAAGAAACAAGAAAUACCAACUCCUUAUUGAAAUUUCACAAAUCAGUGUGGGAUAGAAAGUUAAAAGUCACUUUUCCUGGCUGUCACAGAAUGAUCUUUUGUUUGAGUUUUACAGAAGCAGCAAAGAAAGAAAAGUUCUCCAAGGCCUGUCUUAACACAGACAUUUCACUGGUUGUUGAGUGCAUGGAGCAUGCCCUAACAAGCCUCCAUCCACGGGCCCAUUAUGUAGUUGGCCAGGAUGCUAAGUGGUUUUGGACUCCUCUUUCAAGAAUGCCAGCAGAUGUGCAAGACUUCUUACUUCUAGGAAACAGAGAAAAGCCUGCAGUUUCCCACAGAAAGUAAAUCUUUGUCAAUAUAUUCUCCGCUGCAUAUAAGGCUGAUUCCACAAGAUCUGUCCUUUAUAUUAACAUGGUACAAACCAUACAUGAAAUGCACCCUCAUGUCCUAUAAAUGUAAGAAAUACAGCUAUUUCCCCAAAAUUUGCUACUAUUAAAAACAAAACAAAUAAAUAAAAAACACCCUUCUUUCUUUCUUUCUUUUUUUCCUCAUUUUUGAAGUACAGCAUGCUAAAUCUUAAGGAUCUCUAAUGUCCAGGUCUACCCUGUGUUGUAAAAGGAUCCGUAGCUACAAAGGUACACCAUAGAUCUGACUACAGGGAUCCAAUACCUGCAAUUUAGGUAAUUAAGACUAUGUGUUUUGUUGAGAUUUUUUUUUUUUUUUUAAUUCAGAUUUCGAGUCUGGAAGGUUGCACAUUUUGGCAUAACAAUGAUAGCCCUGUGUUUUGUGAGGUGCAAAGCAGCUCUUUUCUUGUUCAGCUCCUGACACAAGUGCCUGCUAUGAUCCAGCACUCCUAUGAUUCAUCACAACUAAGUCACCACAGAGUGCAGAGGUCUAACCUCAAGUCUGCAGGUGAACACUGCUCGGGAGUUGUUUCCCACUGCCAUGCAAAUUGGCCAGUGACAAAAACAAACAUGCUGAUGAAUUUGCAUUAACAUGACCAAGCUAAAGAUCAAGCUACCCAGUGGCUAUCCAAUUAUUGCUGGUUUUCAAUUUAGAUUCUUCAAAGCCUGCAAAAUAUGUUUUCUGUUUUUUCUCAAUGCAGCUUCAGUGUGGUCAUUUCAUUUAUACCUGCUAUCUGAAAAAGUCAUUCUUUCCAGAGCAGAUUUGAGGUUUUUGUGAAAACUGUAUCAUCGUGCAAGUGUCGGUGCACAAGCUGAUGAGUUUGUCUCAAGCAGUUUCUACGUUCUGACACCGAAAUAACUGACGAAUGCCACUCAUGAGCACCUGGAGGUACAUGGUGAGCUUGCAGAUGUCUCCUCAGAACCUCUCAUUUUCAGACUCACUGCACAUAGUGAUUCUGGCUUCCAUACUUUCUCUCAUCAUUUACUGGCUCAUCAGAGACCGUCACAGAGUUAGAAACCUGAGUGGAAAGUAUAUCUUCAUAACAGGCUGUGACACCAGACUUGGAAAUGCACUGGCCAGGUGGCUUGACAAAAGAGGAUUUUGUGUCAUUGCUGCAUGUGCCACUGAACAAGAAGGCCAAGAACUACGGUCUUGCUCCUCACUCUCCUUGAAGACAGUGAAUCUGGACUUGGCUGACUCCAGCAGCAUAUCCAGGGCCAUAGCAUUUGUGACAGAAGAAACGGAAGGCAAGGGGCUUUUUGGCUUGGUGAACGCUGCUGAAGGAACAACACCUGCAGCACCCACUGACUGGCUGAGGAUUGAUGACUUCCACUCAGAGCUGGAAGUUAACCUACUGGGAUUGAUUGAACUCACGCUCAAACUUCUACCACUUCUGAAAAAAGCCAAGGGAAGAGUAGUGAAUCUAAUCAAUGCUAAAGGCUUCAUGGCAUUUGUAGGGGGUGGCUACAACUUGUCCAAAUGGGGCAUGGAAUCUUUCUCCGACAUCUUACGGAGAGAUAUUCAGCACUUUGGAGUGAAAGUAAGCAUUGUUGGGCACAGUUUCUUCAACACAGAAGCUAAUUCAGGUAUCAUGGAGAGAGACCUCUUAAGACUUUGGAACAGACUGCCAAAUGAGAUCAGAGAUUCCUAUGGAGAAAAAUACUUUUCUGAAUGUAAGUAGGAAAAGGCCUGUAUGAAGGCUCAGGGGAGGAUAUGAUUAAUGACUCUAAAUACCAGAAAGGGGGGAUACAGAGAUAACGGAAGCUUGACUGUUGAGCGGUGCCCAGUGACACGACAAGGCAGGACAAAUUGGAACACAAGAGGUUCUGUCUGAACAUCAGGAAAUACUGAGUACUGGAAGAAGUCACCCUGAUUGUUUGUGGAGUCUCCCUCCUUGGAGAUCUUCAAAGGCCACCUGGACAUGAUCUUGGGCAACCUGCCCUAAGUAGUCCAGUGUGAGAAGGGCUUUGGACACGAUGACCUCUGUAGAUCCCUUCUGACCUCAACCACUCUAUGAUUCUGCGAAUAUUUGCAGGAUUUUAUAAGCUUUAGUUAGGAGAUCAUUGAUGUUCAUCCUGUGUAUGGUAGAUGAGGGCAGUUCUAUUGGUUCCCCUGGAAAAUCAGUGACGUGAUGGCAUCCCACCAUCCUUAGUUCCUAUGUACUUAGAGGUAGAAUAUCUAGGGGGCACAGGUGGGUUAGGGCUGUGAUUGUGCACUAUAUUUAUGGCUUAAUGAUAGCUGAAAAGUUCUGCUAUACAUAUAGUAGAAAAGAUCUGGCUCACAAUAUGGGCCAGGGAGGUUUCUGUUUACCUGGUUCUUUGGAUUCUGCAGCACUUGCUUGUCUCUGCUCUGCUACAGCUAUGCCACCCACUGUACUUGAGCCGGCAGUUUAAGGCAACCCUUAUUAUAAAUCUACAGAAGCUGUAGAAAAACCUGUAAAUGAAAACAAUUCUCUCACAAAGAAUGUUGUAUACAUACUUCCAGUUUGUUUUCUUCUUUGUAGAUAGAAAAGCUCAAAGAUCAUCAGUGAAAAGACUGUGCAACUCUGAUAUUUCUAAGGUAAUAAAAUGCAUGGAACAUGCCCUGUUAGCAAAGUACCCCAGGACACGAUAUGCAGCUGGAUGGGAUGCAAAGUUCU